CCUCUUAUCCUCAUCCACAUUAAAAAAAAAAAAAAAAAAAAUUGCCCAUCGGUGGACUUGUUUCUCACACACCCCGCAGGAGAAGAUGUCCACCUGCGUCCUCUUGAGUGCACUUUUUACCCUUCAUCUUUCCCUGGGUUGGGAAUUACUAGGUGACCGAGAAAAAGUCCAGACUGUUUGUGUCGGGAAGGAGUUUCGUUUACCGGUGGACUCGACGUCUCGAAUCGUGACUUUUACACCGUAUCCCGAAGGACCGAAACGCAUCCUACUCGAGAAAACCACUGUUAAGGACCCACGGUUCGAGUGGACCAGAGAUAAGUCUUUAGUCCUGAAAGACGUGACUCAUGCUGACCAGGGUCUUUAUGCCAACAAACUGUCCGUGGGAUUCACCUACGAGACCGUCCGUCUCAUUGUUUCAGAAUGCAUUAAGCCCUACCGCAGAAACUACGGGGAGAACUUUGAGCACGCCAUCCCUGAAAAUGGCUCCCUGCUGGAGUUCUCUCAUCGGGGUUCUCCGCCUGAGUCCACACCAGUUGUGCUGUGGAACCGGACAGACCCUGAAACCAGCGACGCCGGGCGGGGACGGCUGCUGAGAGGGGGGAAGGUCUGGGUGGCGGAGAGAGUGACGCAAGCGGACCAAGGCAACUACACCAUGAGAGACGACAACGGGAAGGUGCUGUCUCGCAGCACCCUCACUGUCCGUGGACACGCCUUCAACGUCACACGCUUCACCAAAGAGUCCGUAACCCUGCCUUUAUUUCUGCCUCUCCCUCAUGCCCAUCUCAUCUUUACACCUGGCCAACUCCCUGACGAAUCCUCCCUGGGCCCUUUUGACCCCAAACCCCCACGUGGCCCUGUGCAUCUCAUUCGCGAGGGGCAAAUAAUGGACCAUGACAUGCGCUACAGGGGUAUCAUCUCACUAAGUAGGAACGGCUCCAUCUACGAGGUGGUCAUUGCGAGACUGACCUCACGGCAUGAUGGGCUGUAUGAAAUCAAAGACAGGAAUGGCAACCUGGUAUCCUCCACCUACCUGCACGUGAUCGAAAAAAGGGGAGGCAGUUGGCGAGCGCUCCUCAAAUCCGUUACGGUUCCUUCUGGCAUGUUCGUGUCCCUGGCUGGUUUCAUCUUGUUCAUGAAGCGCUACCCGAACUGCAGCCUCUCCCAGAUCAUCACGUGCCUCAGAACAAACCGCACGCCGCCAGCCAACCCUCCCAGGGUCAACAUCCAGCACUACAGUCAGCCCUCUCCUCAGCCCCCAGGCCACUACAGCUACUCUCAGCAGCCUGGAACAACAAUAAAAUGGACCCCGAGAGCCAGUCCUGUUCACACUGGAUAUUCUCCUGUAAUGGCAGAGUCUCCAAGAGCUGAGAACCAGGAUAUUCACAGACCAACAACUGGGAGUUCCCCUAGACAGAAUUUACCUGUUGAGCAGGUCAAAUCUAAUGAGGAAGAGGACAAGAUUUCCUUCCCGGUGCCCGGGGCUUCAGACUGCCUUCACUCAUCCGAGGACUGCGUUCAAUUCCAGAUCAAUAAGGACGGAGAUAAGGGAAGGGGGAGCAACUCACAAGAUUUCUUUUCCACACUGCCAUUAGACACGGACACCUCUGAAUCCUGCAGUGUUUACACGUCGAAGAAUCUGAACUUUUCAUAAAACAGAGACCUGGAGCAGAAAUAAGGGAAGAAGAAUUGUGCGGCAUGGAGAAAUCACAGUAACGGUGAAGUUAUGCUCUUGGCAGAAAGAAAAACCUCACCUGUGCCUUAUGCACAGUUUUAAUAGUUUGGUUUGUGAUGUUUUCAUGUAACUUUUCUGAAGCAUGAGUUGAGCAUAAACCUUCCUGUCUCAUAUUGUACUGCCUGAUGGUGCUCCUGAAAUCUCCUGCCGUUACCUACCUCCAGACCCUCAGGACCAAUAAAUAUGAUCUGCACUGUGUAUGCUCCUGUGUUCAAGAUGGUCUCUAGGGCUAUACACCAGUUGUUGUGGUAAAGUUUAAAAAAAAAUAAUUUUUAAAUACUGUACAGCAAUAUGGCAUUAACUUAAGCGCUAACCCAUUGUGUUGUCCAUACUUAAUUAUUAUUCUAAAUAUCUUGCCUGCAUUUUUUAAUGAUUUAUGCAGCUGAAGUGUAUUAAAUCUUUGGGGUAAUUCUAGUUAUAAUAGUUAUGUGACAUGUUGCACCAAAUAUUGCAAUUAAUCUGUGAAUAUUAUGUGUGGGAUGAAAUUUUAUCCCAAAUCUUUCCACCAACAUAGCAGGCUGAACUGCUGCUCAUAAUAUUUUCAUAAUGUCAAAUUGUCAUCACUCAAUAAAAAGUA